GUUAGUUAGAAGCGACCCUGGGAAAGUAUCAUCAUGUUCCGUCAAGAAAAUUCUAAUGCCCAAUCGGAUUUUGUCCGCCUGCCAGACGAUGUUCUCAUCCUUAUUUUAGGACAGCUGGACUUGACCACUCAGCUGGAGAUGACUCAUGUCCACAUCCGCUUUUUGAUGCUGAUGCCCCUAGUUUGGCGGUCACAGUGCAGAUCCACGACUCUCUCUCUGAUCGAAUUACAUCUCAGUGACAAGGACCUCCGUUUCUUUCUGGGCAGCAAUCGGGAAACAUUUCAAAUGUUGCGGUUAAAGAUGGAAAAGCGAGUGAAUUUCGAUAUUCUAACGAGUUACAUAUUUCCAAAUAUCCACGAUUUCCGCUUCUCAACGUGUAUGUUUUGGCUGAACGAUUCUGAUAUACCGCGCAUUAUUAGGGCUUUUCCAAAUUUAAGAACUUUCAGUCCCUAUGGAUCAUUCACUGGCCAAUACAUGCAAGAUUUUACCAGCCUGGAGAACCUUACAGUCUCCUACUGCAGGACUUUCAAGAUGGCCAACUUGAUUCCCAUCCUGGAAACCAGGAAGCUAAAGGGCUUGAAAUUGGGCAUGUUCGACGACGAGCAUUUGAAGACAACGAAAUUGCCAUUGGAAGGAAUAAGACAUCUGGAGGUCCUACAGUGCGAUACCGAGGAAAUGGCUAGAUGGUUCCUAGAGCAUAUGGAGCAUCUAACAAAACUGAAGAAACUGUUCUUCUGCGGCCCUAUUAGCUGGCAUGUUGUCAGACGUGUCCUGAACUCAAGCAACCGAAAAAAUAUCAAGUGUCUUCAGAUAAACACAAGCGGAGCGGACCUGUUUAAUUUUUUUCCUAGCCUGACGGUUCAGAUUCACACUCUACAAAUGGCCAAUGCGGUUAUUCCACUCAAUAAGAUGCCCAACACAACAGUUAACUUAAACAUCAAUCAAAUUUACUUAAAAAGGUGCGACAUUUCCGAACAAGAGUACUUUGAUAAAUUACUGAAAGAUUUAAAGACACUUGAGAUCCUUGGACUUGAUGGUUGCAUAUUUUGCUUUGGGGCCUAUACGUUUUCAGUGAAGGAGAUUGUCAGAAAUCGCGGCACUGCGCUUCAUGUGCAUUUGAAUCAAAACCUCUACCUGGAUUCUACGGAUAUAAUAGAUAAGACAUUGCCAAUGCUAUGGAAUGUGGAGGGUGAACAUAGUUUAUUCAAGCUGCACGAGGGGACCUUAAACAUCACCUACGGCUGUGAAAAUGUAGCCAUUUAUUUUGAAUAAGUUU